UGUGGUGAGAGCUUUUCUCUUGUAAGUAGUGUCUAAAACCUCCUCCUCUUUUUAUCUAAAUUCAAACUCCAACGAUCACGCUUCUGGAAAUGAGGGCUUGAAUUCCUCUCUCUAAAGGAUUUCAUCGAUUCUGGAAUAAAUGAAGUUGAAGAUCAACAAAGCCUGCGAUCUUGGCUCCAUCUCUGUUUUUCCACCUCAUACAAGGAGAUCGAGCCUGCCACCGAGUGUGCCACAAUCAUCACAGCUUAGAUCACAGCCAUCACAACAAUCGUUCUCACAGGGGAUUCCAUCUCAGCAUGCCUUAUUUUCUCAGAUCUCACAAAAUUCACUCGAUGAAAUCGUGACAACUGAUCAGAGAUUUGGUUCCCAAGAACGAGAGAAUGUUGCCAACAAGAUUUCUUGCUUGGUUCCAAAUAAAUUCACAAGAGAAGAUAGUCAAGUGCCGAUUUCUAGAUCUUCCACUGCACGGAAAUGGAAUUCUGUUUCUGCUCCAGAGCAUAGAUGUCAAACUUCAGAAGAACUUGAGCACCGGAUGUCAGUGAUUGAAACUUCAUUGAACAGAUUUGGGAUGAUCUUAGAUUCUGUCCAAAAUGAUGUAAUGCAGGUGAACAAAGGAAUAAAAGAAGUGUUGCUGGAAAUGGAAGGAAUGCGGCAGAGGUUGAUUGCUGAAGAUACCUCUCUACAUCUAAUGAACAAGGGACAAGAAGAUAUCAAAGCCAGCCUUGAUGGCAGCAUGAAAGCUAUAUCUGAUAAACUAAACAAUGCUAUAUAUGGUGACAAGUUACAAAACAUCUUCUUGGUGCUUUCUGAUUUACCAGAACAGAUGGAAGCUUCUUUAAUCAAAUUACAGAACGAGCUUUGCAACACAUUCACCAACGAAAUAAAGACAAUCGCUGGCAAUGUGAAGACUCUCAUCCAAAAUGGUCCAGUUGCUACUGCUCUUCCACCUAAGUUUUCCGGCUGUUGUGCAACAUCACAAACCAAACCAUUGGCAGAUAAGAAGCAAGCUGUGCCUCGAAAGGCUUAUGAGCAAGCCUCUCUAGCUCCAGAGGUAGACAAAGGAGGUUGGAAAUAUGUAAAACUGAAACAAUCUGCUACAAAUGAAAGGGCAUACCGCAAAGAAAACGACAAGAGGAAAGGAGCUUCGUCUGUUGAGCAGGUAGUUCUUACUUCACCUUGGUUUUUAUUUUUCUCCUCCACUUUUCCCCUGGCUCCCAUUCUUCAAGCUUUCUAAUGGAGAUAUGCUGGCCUGUUUGAGGAUAUUCUAAGGCAAUUGAUUUGCUCGAAUAAUGAGUUGCACAGAUUUUCAUUACUUCCCCAUUUGAUAGUUUGUUUUAGCUUAUUUGCUGCCUUGAGUUGUUAUGCUUUAAUUGAAGUGACAAUCGUCGAUUCAGGAAACAUACAGAAUCGUAAUUGAAUCAGAUGAAGAGAUUGAUGCAGGGUUUUCCUGCUUGUUUAGCGGCAAGGAAACAGGUACCCACUUAACAAAAUAAGAGAGACUACAUUAUUCAAUUUCUGCUUAUUAGUUACAGAGUGAUGAUUUCAAACACUAAUCUGUUUUAGCUAUGUUCCUCCAACUCCUCAUCUUCCUCGAAAUACCAAUGCCGAACACAAUUGUAAAACUUUAGAGAAAAAAGUAUAUCUAUCAAAAGAGUUUGCAUUAUAUUUUUUUCCCAUUUUCCCAUUUUAUUGUUUUCAUUUCAACUAAUGCAAACUG